CCGAUGGGAUAGCGCGAGUGUUGCCGCGCAGUGCAUUGUGGGGGUACGCGUAAUACAACAUGGCGACGUCGCUGGGUGCAAAUACUUACAACAGGCAAAACUGGGAAGACGCGGACUUUCCCAUCCUUUGUCAGACAUGCCUGGGAGAAAAUCCUUACAUACGAAUGACAAAAGAGAAAUAUGGAAAAGAAUGCAAGAUUUGUGCCAGACCUUUUACAGUCUUUCGUUGGUGCCCUGGUGUAAGGAUGCGCUUUAAGAAGACAGAAGUAUGUCAGACAUGCAGUAAGCUGAAGAAUGUAUGCCAGACAUGUCUUUUGGACCUGGAAUAUGGAUUGCCAAUACAGGUUCGGGACACUGGUAUGUCAGUCAAAGAUGAAAUGCCAAGAUCAGAUGUCAAUAAGGAAUAUUAUACUCAGAAUAUGGAAAGGGAGAUUCAGAAUUCUGAUGGAACUAGGCCUGUUGGGGCAUUAGGAAAAGCACAAAGCUCCAGUGAUAUGCUGCUCAAGCUGGCAAGAACCACCCCUUACUACAAAAGGAAUCGUCCGCAUAUUUGCUCUUUCUGGGUUAAAGGAGAAUGUAAAAGAGGGGAGGAGUGUCCUUAUAGACAUGAGAAGCCAACAGAUCCAGAUGACCCACUAGCAGAUCAAAAUAUUAAAGACCGUUAUUAUGGCAUAAAUGAUCCUGUUGCAGACAAACUUCUGAAGCGAGCCUCUACUAUGCCAAGACUAGACCCGCCUGAAGACAAGAGCAUUACUACCCUGUAUGUUGGUGGACUUGGAGACACCAUCACUGAGACGGACCUGAGGAGUCAUUUCUAUCAGUUUGGAGAGAUUCGUACCAUCACCAUUGUGCAGAGACAACAGUGUGCUUUUAUUCAGUUUGCAGCAAGGCAUGCAGCUGAACUUGCAGCUGAGAAGUCCUUCAACAAGCUGAUCAUCAAUGGCCGCAGACUUACCGUCAAAUGGGGCAGAUCGCAGGCAGCAAGAGGAAAAGAGAAAGACAAGGAUGGAAUUACUGAGACAGGCAUGAGGCUGGAACCCGUACCAGGUCUACCAGGAGCACUCCCACCACCUAUUGUAGUGGAGGAGGAAGCUCCAGCAAACUACUUCAACCUCCCUCCAAGUACCACCCCAGCAGUGAUGAACAUUGCGUUGCCGCCACCCCCAGGUAUUGCACCCCCCCCACCCCCAGGUUUUGGUCCUCCACUGUUUCACACAAUGGGCCCACCUCCUCCACCUCCAUUCCUGAGAGCUCCUGGUCCUAUCCAUUACCCUUCCCAGGAUCCACAACGAAUGGGUGCCCAUGCCAACCGACUUGGAAGCUCCUAAUACUGUCCAUGCUGUGUCUUUGUUUAUUAAAAGUGCUUGGUCAUUUUAGUUAGCCUGCUACAACUCAUUUGUUUUCUCUAAUAAAUGUUAACCACAAUC